UUGGCGAAUUGACAGAUGAAAAUAAUAAUUUAUCUGACUUCGAUGUCCAGGAUGAAAAUAAUUCGAUUUCUCAAAUUGUUGAAAAAUUCGAGACGAAUUUGCAGAGGGCAAUGAAUACAAACGGAA